UCAACAUGGCUGCCGCGCCUCAGCAAGAGCCCCUCGAGGAAGAAUUAACCUGCACUGUUUGCUUGGAGGUUUUCACUGACCCUGUUAUCCUCAGCUGCAGACACAGCUUCUGCCGAGCCUGCGUAGAGAAGGUGUGGAAGGAGCCUGACUCUGGCAUUUACGCCUGUCCGCAGUGUCGAACAGGUUCCACAGUUCGGCCUGCCUUGGAGAAGAACUUCCAACUGGCAAACAUCGUGGAGAGGUACAUGGCUCUGGAGAUCUCCAAGGACGCUGUUCCCUGCAGUUACUGCACUAACAAGAAGCGCUCCGCCGUGAAGAGCUGCCUUCAGUGUCAAGUGUCUAUGUGUUCCACGCAUCACGAGUUACAUAGCAACGCAAUGCUGGAGGGUCACCCUCUCACAGAUCCCACGGCAGACACGGCGAUGGAGAAAUGCACCGUACACCAGAAGCCACUGGAGAUCUACUGCAAGGAUGAUGCCGUCUGUGUCUGCACUUUCUGCGCUCUGCUAGGAAGCCACAAAGGUCAUGAAGUCAUCAGAAUCAGCGAGGCAGUGAGCGAGCUGAGAAAUAAUUUGGAAGAACAGCAGGAGAAGCUCAGGGUCAGUUCUGACACUUCACAGGCUGUUCUGAAAGAUCUUCAGAAAGAGAAACAAGACGCCUUGGAAUCCAUGGAGAAGAAGAAAGUAAACAUUGAAAAGAAGUACAAGGCGCUCAGGCAGCAGAUUGAAGAAGAGGAGAGGGAAGCUUAUGAACAGUUGGAUGAGGAGCUGAUUCGUGUAAUGUCAGAGAUUGAUGGCAGGAUCCUUGCUCUCCAGAACUUGAUGAAGGAAUUUGAAGAAUCUAUUGCCCACCUCAAAGAUCUUUCAAAGAAGAACGAAGACAUCUUGUUUAUUGAGGAAUUUAACUCUGUUUCUAAACGGUUCAAGGAUGUCUCGUUGCCAUUUAUACCCACAGCUUAUACUUCAGGUGAGAUGCAAAUAACAGACCCAAAACCAUGCACAGAUAAGGGACCUGAAGAGGUGAAGGACAGAGAAAUGAUGAUCAGGCUGUAUGGACAAACACCAACUCUGGAUCCAGACACAGCUAAUCCCUACCUUGUCCUAACAGACAAUAACAGAACAGUGUCUGCGUCGAGCCAGAUACAGUUGUUUCAGAGAAGUGCACAAAGAUUUGAUCGAUGGCCUCAAGUGCUUGGUACUGAGUGUGUGAGCUGUGGCCGAUCCUAUUGGGAGGUAGAGAUCAGGGAGGGAGGUGGAGCCUGGAGCGUUGGAGUUUGCUACACAAGCAUUAACAGAAAGGGGGAGGGGGAUGAUUGUCUGCUGGGAUUUAACAACAAAUCCUGGUGCAUCCAUUCUGGGCCAUAUGUUCUUUCAAGCCUACACAAUGGGAAAAAGAUUGCAGAGUUUCCUGGAAAUCCCUCCACGGUGGGAGUUUUUGUGGAUUUUGAAGAUGGAGUUAUCUCCUUUUACAGUGUAUUGGGCAGUAAAAUAACCUUGUUGUACACCUUCCAGGGAACAUUCUCUGAACCUCUUUGCCCGGCACUGCGGCUUCGAACUGGUGUCACUCUAUCCUUGUCUGCCCUGAAGUAAUUUGUGUCAGGGCUACUGUGUAACUUAAAUGUCCCACCAUAUCAUUACUUUCUCCAAAAAAACAUGUGCAAAACACCAACUUUCAUCUCAAAGAUCCAAACCUUCUGACCAUGUAGCUUUCUCUGUCCGAGACACAGACCAUUACAGCCAGGUGCAGCUUGAAGAACUAGUCGACACAAGAGCUUUGGGUCUUUGAAAUCCAUCUGUACUCCUGAGCUGCAUUUCACUCAGUGAUUUUGGGAGUCAGCUUCUGGUGGAAGGAUCUCCAUUCUCUUCACCGUGGUUUCACUGAGCAGUACUUUCCAACUGAAACAUUUGUACUACACAAUUGGUCCCGUUCUUAAUGGCUGUCUCAAUGCUUGUUAAGAUCUGAAGUUGUUUUUCCAGUUUCAAUACUUCUCUAUGAUACCCUUAUGAACACAUUGUGAAUUUAAAAUAUCUGUUGUUUGAGCAGUUUGAAAUACAGUAUAAUUGGAUCUUUGAAGGGGAGGCCUGAGUGUGGUGGUUAGUUCCAAUGAUAUGUGGCCUGUCUUUGUUAAAGAAACUUGUUACAUACACCUGUUAGGGUGCAUUCUCCAGAUACCUUAUAAGGUAACCAUAGCCUUCAGCCAGGAGCAGAUGUCGUCAGGUGGUUCCUAACCUUCACCAAGUGUUUCGACCCUUAACCACGAUACUCUCCAGUUGGUGGGCCGGCGGUGGUGGCCAAAUCACUGCCCAUCUGCUCCUGGCUUCCAGCUUCCCUCCUCUCGCCUACUCCAAAUCCAACAAGAGGCUCGUUCUGCCUCUUCCCCCCUCCUACGAGCUGCUUGUUUUUUGCUCCUUUCACCCAGGCCCAGUAUCUAAGAAUUGUCUUCAUUUGGUUUGUAUCUCAGUUUUUCACUUCAUAUUUUGCAUCGUAUGUUAUUGGUCAAGCAAAUCAAAUGAUUCACUUGCAAUUGUUUGUCGAUUCCAGGCAGGCAGGGGAAAGAGACAGGGUCCUGUUCAGUAUCUGGAGCAAUCGCAUUUAUUCUGUCUGUCCCAUUUAUUAGUCAUUUUAAAAGGAAGAUAAUUAGUCAGAUAUGUUUUUGUGGUUAGUUAUUUGCUGUGUACUUCCGCUUAUGUAUGUUUCUUUGAAAUUUGAUUACUGCUUUCACCUCAGUCCAGAUGGCUAAAUUUAAUUGCAUAUUUGUGUUAUCUCAAAUACAAAAUAAUCACAGCAAAGGUGAGCUACCCCAUAUGCUGCAUCUAUAAAGUAAUAUUUCAGAUCAUAUGAAAUUUGUUUGUUAAAACUGUCUUUUCUAGAAUAAAAGUAAUUUUGCUUUCAUUUGUGAAUGACGAAGUGAAUUUCCUGUGUUGCUGAUGGCCCCUGCCCUUUCUAUAACAGCAGGUGUAACCACACCAACAGACACAAUGUAAAGACACUUGUAUGGGUGUCUCAUUACUGAGAAAGAAUCUUCUCAUAAGGAAUCUGGCUUCACAUUUAGAGUAAUUACUAUUUAUUUCUUGAAUGUACUGACUGUGAUUGUGAAAAUGAAUAAGAAAGUAAAACUUUGUGCACUUGUGAAAUCUUAAUUCAAACAAUGUGAGAACUUCCCACGAAGGUUAAGAGAAAGAAACAUUUAAGCUGAGUUAUAUUGUCGACAGCAUAGAAAGAUGCCAUAAAAUCUAAAUGGUUGAUGCUGUCACUCAUAUGUUUAGCAACAUACAUCAAAGUUGCUGGUGAACGCAG